AUGCCCAUGUCGAUGGAAGAGUAUGAAAUAGGCUUGAGCUACACCAUCAUGAAGAUGGAGCAGCAAAACACAAAUAGCAAGGAGGGUAUAGAGGUACUGCAGCAAGUCCCAUUUGAGGAUGAGAAGCUUGGCAAGGGCCAAUUCACCUCAAAACUUUAUCAUUUGCAAAGCAAAAUUCCAUCAUGGAUGAAGGGCUUUGCACCUGCCAGCGCUCUCACAGUGCAUGAGGACUCUUGGUGUGCAUUUCCAAAGAGCAGAACAGUGAUCAAGUGCCCACUUUUCAGCAAGUGUUCACUCACCAUUGACACUGUAACCAGACCCGACAACGGUUGCUCUGAAAAUGUGCACAAUUUGACAAGUGAGCAGUUAGCCGCAAGAGAAGUUGAGAUCAUCGACAUCACAUCUAUGCCACGAGACUACUGGAGUAAGGUGAUCGGUGCUCCAAAUGUCGAUCUGACAACCUUCAAGUCACAACGAACAGAACGAGGUCCUCUUCUGAAGGGAUGGAUGGAUUCAUGCGUCCCGGUGAUGACCACAUACAAGCUGGUGAUCAUGGAUGCCCCUAUAUGGGGCCUCGGCGAACGGCUCGAAGAUUGCAUCAUUGCGGGGGAGAGGGCGCUGUUCUUGGCAUGCCACCGCCUGUGCUUUGCGUGGAUCGACGAGUGGUACGGCAUGACCAUGGAGCAGAUCCGAGAGAUGGAGCGGCAGACGGACAUGCUGCUCAAGAAGACGCUGAAAAAGCCCGGGAAGGCCGGGAGCAAGCACGAGGGCAACAGGAGGACGCUCAAAGACGAGAUAGUGGCCGUGGGGAGCUGCACGUAG